UCGUUGUAACUGGUUGGUUUUAUGUUUGAUGAGUUUGAUUUCAUCCAAAUAUCGCGUAUAAAGCCUGUGUCAUAUAUAUAUAUAUGUAUACAUAUGUAUAACCAAAAAAUACAAGGAAUGUGGAAAUGAAACUUAUCGAUAGAUUAUUUAGUAUUAAUACGACUAAUACUAAGUAGCACAUUUAAUUCAAUUUAAAGUAAUUAUAUAUUUAUUAAUUGUGCUAGAAAAGUGAACUAAUUUGUUAAAAUUAAGAAAACAAAAGGGGGUCUUACAAUGUCUGGCUCCAUAGAAAUCCCACUUCGUGAUACAGAUGAGGUGAUAGAACUUUGUUUAGAUCAAUUACCUGACGGCGAUGAAGUUCUUGGUAUUUUACGUCAAGAGCAUGCUCAGCUCCACGUAUGGGUCAACUUGGCCCUGGAAUAUUACAAACAACAAAAGAUCGAAGACUUUAUUAAAAUACUUGAAUCUUCGCGAAUUGAUGCAAAUAUUGAUUAUCGUGAUUUUGAAAAAGAUCAAAUGCGAGCAUUGGACAUGUUGGCAGCGUACUAUGUACAGGAAGCGAAUAAAGAAAAAAAUAAAGACAAGAAAAGAGAUCUUUUUACUAAAGCAACGUUAUUGUAUACAACUGCUGAUAAAAUAAUCAUGUAUGAUCAGAACCACCUCCUUGGUAGAGCUUAUUUCUGCCUUUUGGAAGGGGAUAAAAUGGAACAAGCAGAUGCACAGUUUAAUUUUGUAUUGAAUCAAUCGCCUAAUAAUAUUCCCUCUUUACUCGGUAAAGCUUGUAUCGCUUUCAAUAAAAAAGACUAUAGAGGUGCACUUGCGUUUUACAAGAAAGCUCUAAGAACUAAUCCUAAUUGUCCAGCUGCUGUAAGAUUAGGAAUGGGACAUUGUUUUAUGAAAUUAAAUAAUCAAGAAAAAGCGCGAUUAGCCUUUGAAAGAGCUUUACAAUUAGAUGGACAGUGUGUUGGAGCAUUAGUUGGACUUUCUGUUUUAAAAUUAAAUCAACAACAACCUGAUAGUAUCCGGGCUGGUGUACAAAUGUUAUCCAAAGCUUAUACGAUUGAUUCAACAAAUCCUAUGGUGUUGAAUCAUUUAGCUAAUCACUUCUUCUUUAAAAAGGAUUAUAAUAAAGUACAACAUUUGGCAUUGCAUGCGUUUCACAAUACAGAAAAUGAAGCAAUGCGGGCGGAAAGUUGUUAUCAAUUGGCUAGGGCAUUUCAUGUACAAGGAGAUUAUGAUCAAGCCUUUCAAUAUUAUUAUCAAGCAACACAAUUUGCUCCAUCUGUUUUUGUGUUACCUCAUUUUGGUUUAGGUCAAAUGUACGUUUAUCGGGGUGAUGCAGAAAAUGCUGCACAAUGUUUCGAAAAAGUAUUGAAAGCUCAACCAGGAAAUUAUGAAACAAUGAAGAUUCUUGGGUCGCUCUAUGCUAACUCAAGCUCUCAAUCGAAACGUGAUAUCGCUAAAAAUCAUCUUAGAAAAGUAACGGAACAAUUUCCAGAUGACGUAGAAGCUUGGAUUGAAUUAGCUCAAAUUUUAGAGCAAAGUGAUCUUAAUGCAGCUUUAAAUGCGUAUGGAACAGCAACAAGGAUUUUGAAAGAAAAAGUUCAGGCUGAUAUUCCUCCUGAGAUAUUAAAUAAUGUAGGUGCUUUACAUUACAGAUUAGGUAAUUUGGAAGAAGCUAAAAAGAAUUUAGAAGAAUCUUUAGAACGUUCGAAAGAUGAUGCUUUGCACGAUUCUGUCUAUUACAAUUCAAUAGCGGUUACAACUACUUACAAUUUGGCGCGUCUUAAUGAAGCUCUCUGCAUCUUUGAUCGUGCAGAAAAAUUGUACAAAGAUAUUUUAAAAGAGCAUCCAAAUUAUGUAGAUUGUUAUUUAAGACUUGGAUGUAUGGCGAGAGAUAAGGGACAGAUAUACGAAGCAUCCGAUUGGUUUAAGGAUGCUUUGAGAAUUAAUAAUGAACAUCCUGAUGCAUGGUCACUUUUGGGUAAUUUGCAUUUGGCAAAAAUGGAAUGGGGUCCAGGGCAGAAGAAAUUUGAAAGAAUUCUUAAAAAUCCUACUACAAGUACAGAUGCCUAUUCUUUGAUAGCUUUAGGAAAUAUUUGGCUACAAACGCUUCAUCAGAGUGGAAAAGACAAAGAAAGAGAAAAAAGACAUCAGGAUAGAGCAUUAGCUAUGUACAAACAGGUGUUAAGAAAUGAUCCGAAAAAUAUUUGGGCAGCAAAUGGAAUCGGUGCAGUGCUAGCACAUAAAGGUUGCGUGAAUGAAGCUAGAGAUAUUUUUGCUCAAGUGAGAGAAGCAACAGCAGAAUUUUGUGAUGUAUGGUUAAACAUUGCUCACAUUUAUGUAGAGCAAAAGCAAUACGUUAGUGCUAUUCAAAUGUAUGAAAAUUGUUUACGUAAAUUUUAUAAAUAUAAUAACGUAGAAGUUCUACAGUAUCUUGCUAGGGCAUAUCUUAAAGCUGGAAAGUUGAAGGAAUCAAAAUUAACACUUUUAAAGGCUCGCAGAGUAGCUCCACAAGAUACUGUUUUGUUAUACAAUAUUGCAUUAGUGUUACAACGUUUAGCAACACAAAUUUUGAAAGAUGAAAAGUCAACGCUUACUACUGUAUUACAAGCAGUACAUGAAUUGGGUCUUUCUCACAAAUACUUCCAAUAUUUAUCUGCUCAUGGCGACAGAAUGGAACAAAUGGCAGAAACAGAAGCGCGAAAGUGUCAAGAUUUAUUAUCUCAAGCGCAAUACCAUGUUGCUAGAGCAAGAAGAUUGGAUGAGGAAGAAAAGACACUUAGAAGGAAACAAGAAGAAGAAAGACAAGCUUUCAAAAUGCGUCAAACGGAAGAACAACGAAAAUUGGAAGAAAUACGCCGUCAAAAAGAAGAAGAAAUGUUACAAAAAAGACAAGAAUACGUUGAAAAAACGAAAAAUGCAUUGGUAUUUGGUGAGAUGCCUUCGGAGAAGCCUGGAAGAAAAGGUAAAAAGACAAGAACAGAUCAAUAUAUUAGUGACAGUGGAGGAUCUGGUAAUGAUGAAGGUAGAGAAGAAGUUCCAAGAGAAAAGAAACGUAAAAGAAAAGCUAGCGGUGAGACUAAGGAAAAGAAAGGAAAGGGUAAAGGAAAACGAAAAAGAGAUAUGGCAAGUGGAGACAGUGGUUCAGAUAGUGAUCGUAGAAAACCAAAACGUAAUAGAAAAAUGGGUACGAAAAAGGAUAAGCAAUUCCGCAAAUCUACAACUGAUACUCCAAAAGGAAAGAUGCCUUUGUCAAAAGAAACAAUAUCAACUAGUGAAUCUGACAGCGAUAGUGGAGGUCUUAAAAUUGCUAGCGGUGCUGAAAGUGAUAAUGACAAACGACCAUCAAAAAGUAGAAAGAUCGUAUCCGAUUCAGAAAAUUCACGUGCUUCACGUUCCAGAUCACGUUCCAGAUCACGUUCUAGAUCGAAGUCAGGAAGUCGUGCAAGAAGUAGUUCACGUUCGCGUUCGCGUUCACGUUCCCAUUCACGAUCUCGAUCUCAUUCACCAUCUCGAUCACGAUCACAAUCAGGAUCACGAUCACGAUCACGUUCACCUUCACGAUCGCAAUCUAGAUCUAAAUCACGAUCACCUUCAAGAUCUAAAUCACGAUCUCCCUCUAGAUCUAAAUCCCGAUCUAAAUCCCGAUCUAAAUCACGAUCUAAAUCUCAUUCUAAAUCACGAUCUAAAUCACGUUCAAAAUCACGAUCACGAUCACGUUCAGUAUCGCGAUCUAGAUCUCGAUCUCGCUCAAAAUCCAAAUCUGGAUCUCAAAGCGAAAGUGAGAAAGAAAAUCAAGGAAGCCAAAGAAUUGUAUCUGGCUCAGAAGGUUCUCGUGGAUCGUCACGCGCAGCAUCACGAUCAAAAUCACGAUCACGCUCGGUUUCUCGAUCACCGACGCAUUCACGUUCUGCCUCUCGAUCUCAAUCCCGAUCAAGAUCAAGAUCGAGAAGUAUUUCGCAAUCAGGAAGUCCCGAUAAAUAAAUGUAUAUAUUUUCUAUACAAAAAUCAAUUGAAAAAAAUCUAUAAUAAUCCUGUUUUUUAUUAACUAAAGUACUUCAUCGUCAUGUGUUUUACAAGUAUUAUUAAAGAUUGACAAAUUAAUUAUUAUGACAAAAUUCACUGUCUUUCUCCGACUUUUUUUAAAUAGGAAAUUUCAUUUGUUAAGUAUAAUAAUUGUGCCAAAAAGAAAAAGAUAAAAAUAGAUUUUUUUCCAAUAGCGAUAGAAAGUUAUUAAUGCUAUUUACUUGUACCUAGUUUUAAUUUCAUUUAUUUGUUAUAUACUUUUAGUUAUUCUCAUUUGCUACUUAAUUGAAAGCAUUCGUUUAGUAAUAUAUUUUUAAUAUGAGUAAUGAAGAUAUGAUUCAUAUAUGAUACAAUUGACAUUAGAAACUACAAAUGAACGACAGAUCACAUACCAUAAACUAUGCAUUUAAUUGACUGUAUUAAUUGCCCAUAUAUAGAAUAAUAUGAUCUUAAUAUUUUAUUGUAUUGAAUAUGUAUAUUAUUUGAAGUUGGGUAUAAAAUGGAUUUAUGAAAUAUCUGUAAUUAGAAAAUAAAUAAUUUAAAAAUAUUACUAAUCAAAUAUUACGGAUAUAUGAUUAUCUGAAAUAAAUAUAUAUAUAAUAGUUAUAUAAAUUACCUUUCAAUAUUAAUUAUAAUAUAACUUCACAUGCUAUUGAGUUUAAUUAUAUAUUUACUGACUUAUUUAAAUUUAUUUACAUAAGUUUCAUUUUGCAGAAAAAAUACAAACUAAUAGUAGCAAUUUAUAACUAUACAAAAAAAAUCCCCGAAAAAAUUAAUUAUUAAAAUGUGUGUGUGUAUAUGUGUGUGUGAAGAAUUAUUACUACCUAUGACACAUAGAAAAAAAAUGCACAAAUUCAACAUAACACUUUUAAACUUCAUGUCAAUCCUUUAAAUUAAAGUAUUAGGGUAUUUUGUUAAUGUGUAUAUAUAUAUACGGUACAAGUGUAAAUAGUGAAUUCAAACAAAAAAGAAAAAACUUGACUUUUGUAAUAUAUAACUAUUCCUAUGUACUAUAUUUUAAAUUAUGUAAUUAAUAUAAAUCUUUAAAUUUA